CGCACGUCGGGCUGCCUGCUUGGCUGCGGCGGCCGCGGCGCUGAGCGACGCGCGGACUCGGUGCUGACGGGCGGCGGACCUGACUUGCGGCCGGUGAGUGUCCACGGCCAGUGAGUGUCCGCGGCCGGACCAGAGUAGUGAGAGCAGGAAGAACCACACUUGGCAACGAUGUCAGCGGAACUGGAGACCUCAGAGGGGGUGGAUGAGCCAGAGAAAAAGAGCUCUGGGGCCCCAGAAAAAGAAAACCACACCAGGAUGGUGGACCUCUCCGAGCUCCUGAAGGAAGGGACCAAGGAAGCACAUGACCGGGCAGAAAACACCCAGUUUGUCAAGGACUUCUUGAAAGGCAACAUCAGGAAGGAGCUGUUUAAGCUGGCCACCACUGCACUGUACUUCACAUACUCGGCACUUGAGGAGGAGAUGGACCGGAACAAGGACCACCCAGCCUUUGCCCCCUUGUACUUCCCCACGGAGCUGCACCGGAAGGCGGCGCUGAUCAAGGACAUGGAGUAUUUCUAUGGUGAGGACUGGGAGGAGCAGGCGCAGUGCUCCGAGGCCACCCGGAAGUACGUGGAGCGGAUCCACUACGUGGGGCAGGAUGAACCAGAGCUGCUGGUGGCCCACGCCUACACCCGCUACAUGGGGGACCUCUCAGGGGGCCAGGUGCUGAAGAAGGUGGCCCAGCGGGCCCUGAAACUCCCCAGCACAGGGGAAGGGACCCAGUUCUACCUGUUUGAGAAUGUGGACAAUGCACAGCAGUUCAAGCAGUUCUACCGGGCCAGGAUGAACGCCCUGGACCUGAACCUGAAGACCAAAGAGAAGAUCGUGGAGGAGGCCAACAAGGCCUUCGAGUACAACAUGCAGAUAUUCAGUGAACUGGACCAGGCUGGCUCCUUGCUGGCCAAAGAGACCCUGGAGGACGGGCUCCCUGUGCACGAUGGGAAAGGAGAUGUGCGGAAAUGCCCCUACUACGCUGCUAAACAAGACAAAGGUGCCCUGGAGGGCAGCAGCUGCCCCUUCCGAACAGUCCUGGCUGUACUGAGCAAGCCCAGCCUCCAGUUCAUUCUGGCCGCCAGCGUGGCCCUGGCUGCCGGCCUCUUGGCCUGGUACUACAUGUGAAGGACCCACCACCCACGCUGGCACCCUCCUCCUGACCACUGGCCCGCCCUCACCUCCACCCACGACCAAACUACCACCUCAGGUGACUUUUUUUUAAUGCUGGGCUUGAGAAAACAAGCAACCAGUAAAAGCCAGAUGCUAAAGCCUUUGCCUGUCAGCAUCCCAUCUGCGGGCCAAAUGCUGACCUGGGUGCAGGCCCACCCUCCCUGCAGCCCCCAGGCCAUGGCAGCAGGAGCAGCCAGCGCAGCUCAGCGGGCCAGCCUGGGCCUCUGGAACCAGCUCUGCUGCCGGGGCACCCACACCUCUGACCCCAAGGCUCUUUCCCUCUGCUCUUUCUCGUCGUGUCGGCAUUUAGGUGGGUAUCUUUCCCCUGCUGGGAGUGGGGUAGCUAGCAAGUUCAGGCUCCCAUAGCCCUGGGGUCUGGGGGGCUCCCUAGAUGUGGCUGCUCUUCUGCAGGACCUCUCCUGGGGGCGGGGGCCAGGAAGAGGACAGAAGCCAGGCUCACACCCUGCCUCAGAGGCCCUGGGAGCUCCGUCCUGGGUAGCCAGUCCUCAUGCCUCUCAAGCAGAAACCUGAGUGGGGUCUGUUUGCCCGUGGCCUGUCUCCUCUGACCUGUGGAAAUGCUACUGCACUCAAUAAAAUGGACUCUGACAGCUGCCUCCCUC